GCGCGCUCGCCUGCGGGUCGGCAGCCUCGCUCUGACUCGCUCGGCGCCCCCGCGCGGAGUCCGAGCGUCAUUCGGUCCCUAGAGCGGCUUUAGGGCAGCGGGCUGCAGCCGGCUGAGUCCGCUGACCCGGGGAGGCGGCGGUGUCCACGGGCGUCGCGUGAGGAGGCUCGGAGCCCGAAGACUCGCGCAGCGCGAUGGCACCCAUUGGCCUCAAAGCCGUGGUCGGAGAGAAGAUCAUGCAUGACGUGAUAAAGAAGGUGAAGAAGAAGGGGGAGUGGAAGGUGCUGGUGGUCGAUCAGCUGAGCAUGAGGAUGCUGUCUUCCUGCUGUAAGAUGACGGACAUCAUGACCGAGGGGAUAACAAUUGUGGAGGACAUCAACAAGUGCAGGGAGCCACUGCCCAGCCUGGAGGCCGUGUAUCUCAUCACUCCCUCCGAGAAGUCCGUCCGCUCUCUCAUCAAUGACUUCAAGGACCCGCCGACCGCGAAGUACCGGGCCGCCCAUGUCUUCUUCACUGACUCUUGUCCAGAUGCCCUGUUUAACGAGCUGGUAAAAUCUCGGGCAGCCAAAGUCAUCAAAACGCUGACGGAAAUCAACAUUGCCUUCCUCCCCUACGAGUCCCAGGUGUACUCCCUGGACUCCGCCGACUCUUUCCAGAGCUUCUACAGUCCCCACAAGGCUCAGGUGAAGAACCCCAUCCUGGAGCGCCUGGCAGAGCAGAUCGCCACCCUGUGUGCCACCCUGAAGGAGUACCCCGCCGUGCGGUACCGGGGGGAAUACAAGGACAAUGCUUUGCUGGCUCAGCUGAUCCAGGACAAGCUCGACGCCUACAAAGCUGAUGACCCAACCAUGGGGGAGGGCCCAGACAAGGCCCGCUCCCAGCUCCUGAUCCUGGACCGCGGGUUCGACCCCAGCUCCCCCGUGCUUCACGAGCUGACUUUCCAGGCCAUGAGCUACGACCUGCUGCCCAUUGAGAACGAUGUGUACAAGUACGAGACCAGCGGCAUUGGGGAGGCGCGGGUGAAGGAAGUGCUCCUGGACGAGGACGACGACCUCUGGAUAGCGCUGCGCCACAAGCACAUCGCGGAAGUGUCCCAGGAAGUCACCCGUUCUCUGAAGGACUUUUCCUCCAGCAAGAGGAUGAACACGGGAGAGAAGACCACCAUGCGGGACCUGUCCCAGAUGCUGAAGAAGAUGCCCCAGUACCAGAAAGAGCUCAGCAAGUAUUCCACCCACCUGCACCUUGCCGAGGACUGCAUGAAGCAUUACCAGGGCACCGUGGAUAAGCUCUGCCGAGUGGAGCAGGACCUAGCCAUGGGCACGGACGCUGAAGGCGAGAAGAUCAAGGACCCCAUGAGGGCCAUCGUCCCCAUUCUGCUGGAUGCAAACGUCAGCACCUACGACAAAAUCCGCAUCAUCCUUCUCUACAUCUUUCUGAAAAACGGCAUCACCGAGGAAAACCUGAACAAGCUGAUCCAGCACGCACAGAUCCCCCCUGAGGACAGUGAGAUCAUCACCAACAUGGCGCACCUGGGCGUGCCCAUCGUCACAGACUCCACGCUGCGUCGCAGAAGCAAGCCCGAACGGAAGGAGCGCAUCAGCGAGCAGACCUACCAGCUCUCACGAUGGACCCCGAUCAUCAAAGACAUCAUGGAGGACACAAUUGAGGACAAACUGGACACCAAGCACUACCCGUACAUCUCCACCCGCUCCUCUGCCUCCUUCAGCACCACAGCUGUCAGCGCCCGCUACGGGCACUGGCACAAGAACAAGGCCCCGGGGGAGUACCGCAGCGGCCCCCGCCUCAUCAUCUUCAUCCUGGGCGGCGUGAGUCUGAGCGAGAUGCGCUGUGCCUACGAGGUGACCCAGGCCAACGGCAAGUGGGAGGUGCUGAUAGGAUCCACGCACAUUCUCACCCCACAGAAACUGCUGGACACGCUGAAGAAACUGAAUAAAACAGAUGAAGAAAUAAGCAGUUAAAAAAAUAAGCCGCCCUUCCCAAAAGCAACCCCCCUCCCCCAGCACUCUGCAGUCCCUGCUGCCCUCGGCCUCCAUUACUUUGCUGACCCUCCCUCCUUCCCUUCUCCCGCUCUGCACGCCCUGGCCGGCGCCGUUGCCGCUGAGUUCUCGUGUCUAAUGAUGCCCUCUUCUUGUUUGAAACAAAAGAAAAUAAUGCAUUGUGUUUUUUAAAAAGACUCUCUUCUACACUCACCCUGAGAGGAGAAGCCCGUGUGUGAGGGGUGCGCUGCCGGAGCAGUUUUGGAACUGUUCAGAAUGAAUGGACGCCUUCUCCCCCAGUCAGGAGUCUGGGACCUUGUACAUAACCCGGUGCGACUUGUGCAGAUUGCUCGAGAGUGGGCGGCAGCUGCUCAGGUGUUUCUAAGAGCCUGUCUUGUUUCUGUUCUUUCUGGGACUCGGAUGCCAGGAGUAUCGCAAACUGAGGAUAGAUCUGUUCUCUCACUCCAGUUCCUGCCCCUCGGUGCCCACUCUCAUCCACGUGAGCUGGGCAGUGAAGCUCAGGUGGCGUCUCGGGGUGGGGCUGGAGUGGGAACCGACCUCUUUGCUUUCCCUGGGGCCUCCUACCCUGGUGCCAUGGCUGUGGAUGGGGGCCAGAUGUCCAUGUGAAGUCCGGCUGUGCACCGCUGGCGUUCUGCCUGUCACGGCACCUUCCCUGGCCCAUGUCCGCAGUGCUGGGGUCCUGCGGGGAGACCUGCAGUGUAAGGCACUGUGCCCAGACAAGUGAGAUGCAGGCUCCCUCUGGGGACCUGCGUCUCUUGAAGAAGUGGUUAGGCCUGAUCCGUUUGACCAAAGCGGGGUCAGCCUGGGUGGAGCUCAAGGGUCAGGAAGGAACUGGAACAGAAUGGGCUCUGCAGGCGGCCGGGCGGAGGGCCCUUUCCCGUACAGACGGCCCGUCCCCAAAGACGCCAGACAGCUGGACGGCCAGCCCAUUGGGUUUAGACAGACUUUUUCCCACUCAGAUUAUCCUCAGUUUAAGGUACUUCCUAAUAUUUUAUUUUUUGUAACGCGGAUCAUGUGCCAUUGUGCUUGUGAGAGAAAAUGAUCAUUUUAUUCUCUGUAUAAAAACUUAGCUGUAUAAAACUUAGCUCUAAUGCAAAAAUUAAAGAAGCAGAUGCCGGCAGGAUGUCUGGUCAUCCUCAAGACUCAGCAGCUCUCGUUCUCCGCGAGCGAGCGCGCAUUCGUUCUGCUGCUGCGGUCGUGAAAUACAAUGACAGUGGAAGUCACAAAAAUGUCCCCUGUCCAGCCCCCUGCCACCCUUUAACUCCUGCAGACCGUGUGUAUAUUAGUCUCGUGAUGUCGUUGCAAACGUGAUGUGUGCUAGUUCAAUGCGGCCCCACUCCCCGCCAGAACACGCCCCCCGCCCGCCUGGUAGGUGCAUCGUGGAGUUCUCCCCUGAGGCUUCAGACUGUCCCCGCCCUCGGCACCCGGACCAGUGUCCAGGUCUGUCCCCCCUCCCCUCGGAUAGCUUACUUCCUUAGGACAGAGCCGCUAGGUACUUGCAUUGGUCGUUCCCUUGCCGUGACGGCUUGUUCUGUCCCCUCCCCCAACCAACAGUGCUUACGCUUCAGGACCUUGUUUGUCAGACAUGUUGGUUUUCCUUUCCUUGUUAUUUAUAUAAAAAUAAUUUAUCAAAAGGAUAUUUUAAAAAAGCUAGUCUGUCUUGAAACUUGUUUACCUUGAACUUACCCGAAUCUCAGUGUUUGAAAGUAUUGAAGCACAAACAUGUAUCAUCUCUGUACUGUUCUGUACGAAAGCACUCAGUCUAAUAAAUAAAAACAUCAGCGCCCA